AUGGAUGUCACAAACAAGCCUAAAACCAUCCUUGUCACAGGAGGUGCAGGCUUUUUAGGCUCCAACUUGAUCGACUUUCUUCUGCAAAAGGGUAACCGUGUGAUAGGCGUGGAUAGCUUGGAGACCGGUUCGCCCAAGAAUUUACAACACCUUGAUAAUCAUCCCCAGUUUACCCUGGUCAAUCAUAACAUUCAGUACCCUUUCCAAGAACUAGAGGAAAUUGAUCAGAUCUACAAUCUUGCAUGCCCGGCUAGUCCACCCCAUUAUCAAAAAAGUCCAGUUAGGACGCUCAGAACCUGCUUUCUUGGAACAGAGAAUGUAUUGGAAAUCGCAAAAUCCAGGGGCAUUCGGAUUCUACACACCAGCACAUCAGAGGUUUACGGUGAACCCCAAGUCCACCCGCAGCCCGAAACCUAUUGGGGCAAUGUGAAUUCAUUCGGUCCUCGUGCAUGCUAUGACGAGGGAAAACGCGUCGCCGAAUCGUUAUGCUACGCAUAUCGUGAGCAGUUCGGAGUGGACAUCAGGAUAGCUCGAAUAUUCAACACCUAUGGGCCACGCAUGGGUGCGGGCGAUGGCCGUGUGGUGUCAAGCUUUAUUGCUGCCGCCCUCGCUGGAAGAGAUGCUUGCAUUACAGGGGAUGGGAGUGCAACUCGGUCAUUUCAAUAUGUAACCGACUGUAUCGAAGGGUUAUAUACACUUAUGAAUAGUGAUUACCGCGAAGGACCGGUCAAUAUCGGCAAUGAUGUCGAGACAUCAAUUCAGGCAUUAGCCGAGAGAGUCGUGGAUCUUGUCGCCAGUUCAACAGGCAAGAAAAAAGUGAAUAUCACCCAUCAGCCGCGGCCUGUGGAUGAUCCCUCCGUCCGGAAACCGCAGAUCACGUUAGCGAAGGCGAAGCUUGGUUGGGCGCCUGUGGUGCCAUUGGAUGUUGGUCUUCAGAAAACAAUUGAGUGGCACAUGCAUCAGACUUGA